GCUGACCUGGCCACGCCUUUUUUACCUGGAGAGUAACGCUGCCUUACAGGAAGUGGAGAAGCUGUCCACGUAUACCGAUGUUUGCCUAAACGUGACGCAGGAAUGUCCCAGCUUUGGAUAAGAAGCAAUGAACAGAUCUCCACUGAUCACAGCCACAGAGCUACACUGUAGAGCAGCAUGUCCCCAGCAGCCAGAGCCUGUCUACAGAUCUCACUCCUUCCGUUCAUCGUCUUCGCUGUAUCAGGUGCCCUGAAGCUGACCGUCACUCCGGACACAGGCACCACUCUCAUCAUCAGCAGUGCUAAGGUCAAAGGUUGCAAAGUGUGCAGGGACGCAGUACCACUAUCACAACAAUGUGGUACAUCUCUAACAUUAAAAGAGUCCACUUCUGUCUCAGUGGUGUUUGAUUGCCUUACACCUCAAGAUGUAUUCACUGUGGAGAUUAUGCGAAAUAUCGAAUGCACCGCAAACUCGUGCAGCGGCCACAUCAUUCAGGCGGAUUCCUGGGCUCGUCCUUUCCUGGGUUUCAACCGCAAAUUCACCUGGAACAUUAGGGCUUCAGAGCCAAAUGUGCUCAAAAUAGACUUCACCACGACAGGUCUGAGACAGAUUGAUCCAUCUCAGAGAUGUCCUGACAGACACAGCUACACUCUCCAGGCCUUCCAGGCUACAGGGAACGUGACCUUAGGGAAAUACUGCAGUAUGGGCACUAUCAGUAGUGCUCAGAUACAGAAUGUGGGCAGCCUUUCUCUGGACGUCCCAGCAGGGCAGGAGCUCAAAAAGAGACAGUUUAAUGUGUCUGUCGGGGAGGAAAUCAAGACCUUUGCUAAAAUUACACUGAUGCACCCAAGUGGGAGCUCAUCCUCAGAGCUGCUUACUGCAAACUACCCAUACAGUUUUCCUGACGACGAUGUGAUGGAGUGGCAUUUUGAAGUGCCAGACAAACACAAAACUUCUGUUCAGUUCUCAAACAUUACAGAGCCGCUUUGUCUGAAGAAGGAGACAGCAGUGGAGUACCACACGAAAAAGAGGGCAGCGUUGCUGCUGAGUUUGACGGAGCCCCAGUUGGACGGGAUCAGGGGGAACUUUUCCCUGCUGUUGAGGAACUGUGAGAUGGACAGAAGAAGACCUGGUUCUCCUGGACUUUUGCUGUGUAAAGUGGAUAUGAGUGAACUGGAGAGCCAUUCCCUUCAGAUUGAGAAUUUAAGACCGGCCUUUGGUUGUGAGAUGAAAAUAAACUCUGUGAAGAAGGAGAAGAUCACAGUCACAUCCAACAGUUACCUGUCUUUCCAGGACUGCUCGUCUGAUGAUGUACAAGUCACUGCCGUGAGAGUCAUAGAGUGUCAUCAACUCAAAGACUGCCCGAAGACUCCAGUCCGCCUCUCGGUGCCCGUGCUCCCGAGCUGUCUCCCCUUCCCUCUGAGCAGUGUGACCUGGAAUCUCCAAGCUCCUCUGUAUGGCACGGUGGAGCUGACCUCUCCCAAUAGGCCCCUCAAGCAGUCCCUGCCUGGGCAGCCAUGCAAUGACAGCAUCAUUAUCAAAGUGGCUGAAAAGGAUGGCAUGGCCAUUGGACACUUCUGCCCUCAGGGACCCAUAGAGAAGGUCCAAAUCCACAACUAUACGUCUGUCACCGUGUCCAGCGCGGAGGGUAAAGAGCUGAAGAUGUCUUUCAAGCAUGUACUGAAUGCCAGUUUCAAAGCGGCGAUAUCAGAAAGAUACCUGUUCACUGUAUCUUCAAAAAAAGACACCCCUGUCCUUUUGGCUACUCCUCCAGUCCCCCCAAACAUGGAGGCUCACCUGGUGUUUGCCAACCUCAGCCAGCCAAAGUGCCACAACCACCACACGGACAUCAGCGUGAAGAAGGUGAACCACGUGAAGUUAGACCACAUACACAGGGGGGAUGAGGAGGCCAAGAGUGAGCUCAUUGUCUCUGAGAGUUUCUACCUCAACAUGUCCAACUGUAAUCCCAAAAGAGGACACUUCAGUGUCAUCACCAAGAUCACCCUGCAGAAUAAGAACAACAACCUGCUGACUAUAAUCCUGAGUGUGGUGGCUGCUGUCGUGGUCAUUGUUGUUAUCGUGCUGGUCUGUGUGGUGAUGAAAAAGAAGAAGAAGAAGAACAGGAAGAAGAAGCCGAAUUAUCAGGUCUCCAUCUACAAUUCAAAUGGUACCAACUUCCCUAAAACACGUGACCAGAAUGAAUCCCAUGUGUACGCCUCUAUCGAGGACACGCAGGUCUACACCCACCUGGUGACACAGGAUGCAGACGCCCACAUCUAUGGAGAGUUUAACACGUCGCCUGUCGCUGGACACACAGACUCACAGAAACCAGUGGUCCCGAAAGACACUGAUGCUGACGACAUGACGGUCGGGGUUUAUAUCCCUUUUCGAUUCUCAUCUCAACAGGCUCCUCCACUUCCCAGCAGGCCUCAGAGCCAGCUCGUGGUCGACACUGAGAUUUACCAGGCUGAAGAGCAAUGUGAGGAGGAACAUUCUCCAAACUUGGGACCACAGCUGUAGCUAGAGGAAGAGUACUGAGGAGGAAACUGGAUUCAGCUUUCUGCUUUUCACUUGACUUACUUGAACUAUGAGAUGUUCAUUCCCUGGCAUCUGUGUGAUUAACUGCUGUUCAGCCGUACAAGAAGCUUUGUUUUCUUCUUUAUCAUCCCCUUUAUACCAGUUUUUAUACCCCUAGAGAUCUUGUGUUGCUUUUAGGCAAUGCAUGUCUUUCAUUUGAGAUGUAUGGUGUGUGUAGCUUUUAUACAUAUUAUGGAUGUUUGCACAGGAGCAAAUUUGUGUUUAUUUUCAUGAGAUCUUCUGUUUUUAUCACUGACUAGAGAGGACUCUGCUGCUGUUGCAAUACAUUGCAUUUUUAUAGCAUCAUCAGAACAUUGCAGUGGAUUGCAACAGCAGGGUAUGCUCAUGGAGUUGCCUCUCUGAAUGUAUUAUCACACUGCUUUUGCCCAUGCUAUGAAGAAUUCUAGAUAUCAUUCCACUAUAACUGUGCCUUGCAGAGAAGUCCACACUCUGUUUAGCAUCUCUGAGUUGUAUUGUGACAUUUGUGGUCCUGACUGGCAUAAAUAAAAACUAGUUGUUUUGAA